AAUUAUUUUACCAUGAUUCAUAAUCAGAAUAGAAAUCCAAUAUCAGAUCCCUAUGGUCUUGAAGAUUAACUUGCUAGAGAAUUAUAGAAAAGAAAAGUAGAAGAAGAAAAAAGAAGAAGAGAAAUUGAAAGAAUUUGUGCUGAAAGUGAAGAAAUCAAAUUGUUAAAAUAAAAAGUACAAACAGCAUAUGUUACAAAAGAGAGAACACAAUAAUUAGCAGAAUAACAAUUAAGAAGAAUAUAAGACUUGGUAUAUUUAGACAGUUAUAUUUUAAUUAAUAGAAAUAAGAAAGUGAAAUAGAAACAGCUAUUCUUGAAAAAUUAAAAAGAGAAUAAGAAGAGGAAAGAGCCAAAGAAAAAUACCGAUUGAACUAAAGGUUAGAAGGAAAAUAUGUAAUAUUAAUUAUCAUAUCAAUUUUUAGACUUUAUAAAAGUAAAUGAAAGAACAUGAAUAAUUAAGAGAAGAAGCAAAAGAGCAAUAUCUUUAUGAAAAAGAUUAAGUGAAUAGAGUUAUAAAUUAAUUAAUGUAAGAGGAUAGAAAAUUUUUGGAAGAUUCAGCAAGAAAAAAGAAAAUAGCAUUUUCUGAUAUGUAAGUAGCAUUAAGAGAAAAAGCAGAACUUAUAUAAAGAUUGAAAUAGAAAGAAAGAGAUGAAAAUUAGAAAUAUUUAGAUUUCAUUAAAGAAAAAGAUAGAUAGGCAAAUGAAAUAAAAAUUAAAAAAUUGGAAGAAAAUGCAGCAAAGUAUAAUUUUAGAUAUAUUUUAGAGAUAAAAUAUUCUAAAAAUUGAAAGAAGAGGAGGAGAGAAGGAGAUAAGAAGCAGAAUUAUUAACAGAAUUAAGAUUCUAACUUUAUUAAGAAUAAUACGAUGCUUAAUAAAGAUAAAAAGAUAUUGAUGAAGCAAAUAAAAGAGAAUUUUAAAAGAGAGAAAUGUAAUAGGCAGAAUAGGAAGCAAGAAUUAGAAAAUAAAGAUAGAGAGAAGAAGAAUAAUAAUUAGAAAGAGAUUUUAGAGAUUAAAUGAUGAAGAAAUUCGCUGAAGAUGAUAAACUAGAAUAAUUAGGAUAAUAAAAAAGAAGAAUGAAAGAAAUGGAACAUAAAAAAGAAGUAGAAAGAUUAUGGUAAUAAAGAUUACACUUAUUUUAAAUGGAAAAAUAGAAAGAAAUGGAAUAAUUAGAAAGAUAAAGAAGAGAAGAAUAAUAUAAAUAAUAAGUAAUAGAAGAAGAAAAGAAUCGAAUAUUAUAAGAACAUUUAUAGUAAGUCGGAGAAUUUAUUCCUAAAGGUUUAUUAUUAAAAUAGGGAGAUACACAAUAUAUUAAACAGUCAUAGCCAAAUGGAAGUUAUUAAUCUGGAUUUAGAUUAUGA